AUGGGGGUGGAGGACUACCACGUAGUGGAGCUCGUCGGGGAGGGGUCCUUCGGGAAGGUCUACAAGGGCAGGCGCAAGUACUCUAGACAGACGGUCGCCAUGAAGUUUAUUCUGAAGCAUGGGAAGAGCGACAAGGACAUCCACAACCUAAGGCAGGAGAUCGAGAUUCUGAGGAAACUCAAACACGAGAAUAUAAUUGAGAUGAUCGAUGCUUUUGAAACCCCUCAGGAGUUUUGUGUCGUCACAGAGUUCGCACAGGGAGAGCUCUUUGAGGUGCUCGAGGAUGAUAAAUGCCUUCCAGAAGAACAAGUUCAAGCAAUCGCUAAGCAGCUGGUAAAAGCAUUGUAUUACUUGCACUCCAAUCGUAUUAUCCAUCGGGAUAUGAAACCUCAGAACAUCCUUAUUGGAAAAGGAUCUAUUGUCAAGCUUUGUGAUUUUGGGUUUGCUCGUGCCAUGUCGGCCAAUACUGUUGUGCUACGUUCUAUAAAAGGAACACCACUAUAUAUGGCUCCAGAACUUGUGAGGGAACAACCAUAUAACCACACGGCAGAUUUAUGGUCCCUUGGGGUCAUCUUGUAUGAACUAUUUGUUGGUCAGCCCCCCUUUUAUACAAAUUCAGUCUAUGCACUUAUACGACACAUUGUCAAGGAUCCUGUGAAAUAUCCAGAUAAUAUGAGUGCAAACUUUAAGAACUUCUUGAAGGGUUUACUUAACAAGUUGCCUCAAAGUAGACUAACCUGGCCAGCUUUGUUGGAGCACCCGUUCGUCAAAGAUGAAUCAGUUGAAUUAGUAGGUAGUGGUAAUAUACAGGAUGUGUGUACGGCUUUAGAUAAGCUGGAAAAGGCUUCACAAACAGUAAACGGUGCUAGCAGCAUUAUUGAAGAUAGUGAAGCAUUGUUGACUAUCCUCGGUCCCAUAAAAAAAUGGUUGAGCAAUCCUCCUAGUUCCCCGAGGGAAUUGGAUUUUGAUGGUGCAAAUCAGUCACUCAGAAUUAUUAAAAAUCUAAUUGAAGCUGGGUCUUAUCACUCCUGUGCAGCAAUUGAUGACAUCAUCUCUAUGCUUCUUGAGUUCACAGCUCUCAUUAUCAGAAUGAAGCUUUCAGCUGCUUACAGUCUUACAGUGAAGUGCCUAGCUAUAGCACGUAAGCUGCUUGAUACAAGUGAAGGUGCUGUGCUAAGUUCUUAUGGCAGACACUGGUCUGCCAUGUAUGAUCUUUAUUCACAGAUUCUAGCUUCCACAGUUGAUCCAUCUGGAAGAAUAUCCCGUGAGUCGACUGCAUGUCUUGCUCUGAUGUUAUCUCGGGUUAUUUCUGUGUUGAAAAAGAGUAUCUCCUCUGAGGGUCCGAAUCAAGUUGAAGAAAGCCUCAUCAACAUUAUUGAUCAUGCAAGGAAGUCACAAUUACUAGAACUCUUGUGCGAGUGUCUAAUAGCUUCAGGUUCAGACAUAAUAUCAGGUUCUACUAACAUGGUACCAGCAGCAUGUGAGGCAUGCAAGGCUAUUUGGUAUCUAGCUCAUGCUGUUGACAUUGUAUCCCUUGGCACACGCAAUUUUUCAUUUCCAUUAGCUAGUUCAUGGCGACAAGGUCACUCAAAGUUGGAUGGUAAAAUGCAAGAGCAAGAUUUGUUGCCAGAUUCAAACUCUACUAGUCUAAUAGCCAUAUUUGUCAAAUCAUUUCUGGCCUCACGACCAAUGCAGAUUGCUGUUUACCACUGCUUGCAUAAUGGUCUAGAGUCAGCUAUCCAUGCUUCUCUUCAGCUCAUCGCAAGGGCCUGCCUGCUGAAUCCAACUUUCUGUGCUAUUAUGUGUGGUCCAUUGAAUUCAUCAUCAGAUGCCAACGAAGUAGAUUAUGGUGGAGAUGGGACUAUUGUAUCUGAUAUGUUUUCGUUGCUGUCACUGUGUGGCUCAUAUUUAAACGAGUCAAAGCAGAACAGUAAUCAGAAAUGCAAACUGUCCAAUCCUCAUGCUCUAGUAGUGCACUGUUGUCUGGCAUUGGCAACAAUAGCAGCAUGUCUAAAGUUGGAUGGGAAAUCUUCAGCAUCAAUUAUUUUAACAAGUUCAAACAAGAAACAGCGGUCCAGGCUUUCUGUUCUCGCGCACCUCUCUUCAGCCGAUGAUACAGUGAAGAGUUGCCUGCAGCCACACUGUGCAUCUGCAACACUUGCACUAUCAACACUUAUUGCACUUGAAAAUGGAGGGCAAGCCAGAUCUUCUCUAUGUGAAACUGCGCUUGCUUUGUUUCCUCGUAUGGCAACACUGCACACGUUGCUGAAGCUUUGGCUAUCUGAUGGAAGUGAGGAACUUUGUCGAUAUAAUGCUGGUUUACUGAAUCUGUUUGGCCUUCGUGAUGGGAGUAUUGGGCUGUUAGAUUUUAGAUUGAAAUGGGGCGGACCAUUGGCUGUCGAACAAGCCUGCUCCGUUGGUAUUCCUCAGCUCCUCAUUCGCUUGCUAACUGACGGAUUCUCAAGGGAACCUUCUGAUGGGAAAGAAGGUUCAACACACCGCAGUGGAUUAUCACCAUUGGGAGUUGCCUGGACUCUGUCAACUUUAUCUCAAUGCCUUCCUGGUGGUGUUUUCCGUGAAAUUUUGUAUAAAAAGGAACAUGUAAAGCUUUUGACUGACAUGCUCUCUGAUAUGCACCUGAAGGCGUUGUCAGCUUGGACUGGCCUUGGUGGUGGGAAAAGAGGAGUACGGGAACUGAUAAAUGCAGUUGUUGAUGUUUUGGCAUUUCCAUUUGUUGCAGUGCAGAGCUCUCCAAACAUGCCAUCAACAGCGGCAUCCAUCAAUAGUGGCUUUCUCCUCAACAUUGCAUCACCUGGGGGAAGAAUUGGUACUGAGAACAAGGAAAUGCUUAAAACUAUAGAGCAUAACAUGCCUCAGUACAUUCAAGUCCUCCUGGAGGUUGGUGUCCCUGGAUGUAUACUUCGCUGUCUUGAUUAUCUCAAUAUGGAAGACAUAGCAAGGCCCUUGGCCAUUGUGGCCAAAAUGGUGGGCUAUCGUCCACUUGCGUUGAAGCUUCUACGAGAAGGUCUUCUAAAUCCAUGUAGAGUAGCAAAGCUACUCAAAGGUCCUCUUGCUAAGGAGAGUUUGCUCGACUUCCUCAUGAUAGUUUCUGAUCUUGCUCGCAUGUCAAAGGACUUCUAUGAGCCCAUUGACAAGGCAGGCAUGGUUGAAUUUUUAAAGAACUUUUUAUCGAACGAGGAUCCUGAUAUAAGAGCAAAAGCUUGCAGUGCCAUUGGCAACAUGUGCCGUCACAGUCCCUACUUCUAUGUUCCGUUUGCCUCAAAUAAGGUAAUUGAGCUUGUAGUUGAGCGUUGUUCUGACCCUGACAAACGGACGCGGAAGUUUGCAUGUUUUGCUGUAGGCAAUGCUGCUUAUCACAAUGACAUGCUAUAUGAAGAACUUAGACGAUCAAUACCUCAACUCACUAAGCUACUUCUUGCUCCCGAGGAAGAUAAAACCAAAGGCAAUGCUGCAGGGGCACUAAGUAAUCUCGUGAGGAACUCUGACAUACUCUGCGAAGACAUCGUCUCCCAAGGCGCUAUUCAGGCUCUACUGAAGCUGGUCAGCAACUACUCCACGGUUGCCCUGAGCCCCAGCAGAAAAGAUGCUCUAACUGAAUCGCCACUGAGAAUCGUGCUCUUCGCUCUGCGCAAGAUGUGCGACCACACCGUCUGCAGGCUCUUCCUGCGGUCAUCAGACCUGCUCCCGAUCAUCGUGCACCUCAGGCAGUCGCCUGAUCAGACGAUCUCCGAGUACGCUUCUGCCAUCGCCAGUAAAGCCUACCAGGCCUGACGUUUGCAGCGCGAGGUUCCUAUUAUGUUAAACUGUAAUGCAGUACCCGUUCAGCUGUGCUGAACGAUCCUGCGAUCCAUUCCGUUUUGUUCUGGAAACUGUGUAAUUUAGAACAGCAUCACGUGUGAGCGUACC